GCUGCAUUUACCUUCCUGCUCACGUGUUGACGUAACGAACAAACAAUAAUUUGAACCAGGUCCAACAUACAACAGCCAUCAUGGGGAAACCAAGAGUUAUAAAGAAAAAGAAGAUCCAGGAUAGGGUCAACAAGGCCGGGCACAGUAUGAACCCGGACAGGAAAAGUGAUGGAAAUACAAACAUGAGGGACAAGGCGACUAUAAAUCGCAUUAAGAUGUACAAGAACUUCAAAGCCAAGCGGGACAAAGUUGGGAAAAUAUUAACGCCAGCGCCUUUCCAGUCAUGGUUACCCACUGGAACCGUUGCAAGGGUCGAGCCAAACAGAAAAUGGUUCGGGAAUACUAGAGUUAUUACCCAGAACGCUUUGCAGACUUUCCAGGAAGAAAUGACAAAGGUGAAGAAAGAUCCCUACAAGUUUGUCAUGCGACAGACAAAGCUUCCAAUAUCACUGCUGAAUGAGAAAGGUAAACAAGCGAGAGUCCAUGUGUUAGAUACUGAAUCGUUUGAAUCGACCUUCGGCAAAAAGAAGACCAGGAAAAGGCCAAAUUUGAAAGUUGCUGAUAUGGAUGCACUGGUUGAAAAGGCGAAAGAAGCUGGUGAUACUUAUAAAGCAGAGACUGAUAGGGAUCUUGAUAGAGGGGUACCAGAUUUCAAGGAUGAAACACUAGAAUUUGUGUUUAAAGCUGGACAGUCGAAGAGAAUCUGGAAUGAACUUCAUAAAGUCAUAGAUUCUUCAGAUAUUCUGAUCAAUGUCCUUGAUGCUAGGGAUCCUAAUGGCACAAGAUGUUACCAGGUGGAAGAGUUUCUGAAAAAGGAAAAGCCACAUAAGCACAUAAUCUUUGUUCUGAAUAAAGUCGAUCUUGUACCAGUUUGGGUAACCCAAAAGUGGGUGGCUAUUCUGUCUGCAAUACACCCAACUCUGGCUUUCCAUGCAAGCAUCAUGAACCCAUUCGGUAAAGGUUCUUUGAUUAAUCUGUUGAGACAGUUCUCAAAACUGCACUCAGACAAGCGUCAGAUCAGCGUUGGUUUUGUUGGUUAUCCAAAUGUUGGAAAGAGCUCAGUUAUUAACACACUGAGAGCUAAGAAGGUCUGCAAGGUUGCCCCCCUUGCUGGGGAAACCAAGGUAUGGCAGUAUGUCACACUGAUGAAAAGAAUCUACCUUGUGGAUUGUCCAGGUGUUGUUUAUCCAACCGGUUCCACACCUACUGACUGUGUCCUAAAAGGCGUGGUAAGGGUUGAAAACAUCAGAACCCCUGAGGACUACAUUGAAGCAAUGUUGAACAGAGCAAAGAAAGAGUAUAUCCAAAGAACAUACAGCAUCUAUGAAUGGACAGACCAUGAGGAUUUCCUGACACAGUUUGCUAAACGGUCUGGCAGGUUGCUUAAAGGAGGGGAAGCUGAUAUAAGCACAGCAGCGAAAAUGAUUCUGAAUGACUGGCAGAGGGGCACCAUUCCAUAUUUUGUAAGACCACCAGGAUCAGAAAACACAGAAGAGGGAAACAAGGAAAAGACUGACAAUGAGAAGGCUAAUACUGUGGCUGAGAGUACUAAAAGUGCUGAAACAACUGCUGAAAACGAGGCUGUGAAAACUGAUUUGAAAAAGAAAACUAAAACUGUUCCUGUGGUUAUCCAAGAUUUCCAAAGAAUCAGAGUUGAACCCAACUUUACUGGAGAUGAUGUUAGACGAUUUGAAUUUAAAGAUACUCAGCCUGAUGAAUCUGAAGAAGAACUUGAAUCAGAUGAUGAUAAUGAGGAUGAGGAAGAGGAUGAUGAAGAUGAGCAAGGAGAGGGUAAUCCUGAUUCAGAUGAGAAUAAUGAUGAUAAUGAAGAGGUUGAUGAAGAUGUUGAUGAGAGUAGUAAAGUUGGACGAAGUAAGAAAGAUGUGGCUAAAUCUAAAGUUGGUCAACUCAAGGGCAAAAAGAGCAAGAAAGUGACAGGGUCAAAGUUAGAAAAGAAGAGUAAGAAUGUGAAAGCCAGUAAAGAGAAGGAAAGAGAUGAAAAUGAAGUUGUAUUGAAAAUGAAACUGAAGGAGAUGAAAGGAAAAUUUAAAAAGAUGGGAAAACAAGGACAGACAAAGAGAAAUACAAAAACGAAACAAGAGAAAGGUACUGCUAAGGCAAAACAAGAUGGUAAAGUUCCAAAAGUUAACUCAGACAUUGUUGCAUCUACAUCAGUUGCAAAUGAUGUUGAAAUAGUUGAUGCACCAGUAAAUAAAAUUGAUGCAAACAAAUUCAAGGCUGAAGCCUCAUCUCUGAUUAAAAGAUUUCCUCAGACAAACUUUCUGAAGAAUAUGCAGGCAAAGACAAAAGACAUGGACAAAUACAAAAAGCAUAGUAAGCAAGGAAUGACAGUAUUUUCUGUGCAAGAGAAUGAAAAUGUUGCUUGUGUUGAAUUGAAUGCAGAAAACACCAACAGAAAGAUAGACAUGGAAAAAGAGGUCCAAAGAGGUGGAACAGGCAGAGGAGACAGAAAACGUAGAUUGAAUGAUGAUAGAGGAGCUACUGCUGAGCCAAAGUUGUCCAGCAAGAAGAGGAGACAGAUGGAGAGAGAUAUGAAGAAGAAAAAGAUUGGGGAUCAUUUCUACGCCUCUGCUAAUGUCAAGAACAGAAGCAAUAGAAGAUGAAAAAAAUGAUUGUGAAUGUGACUUUAUUAAUGAAUUGUUAUCACUUCAGUGUGUACAUGUAGGUACAGAACAUGUCGAUGUAUUUGAAGGGCAUUUUGGUAGAAAUAUGUACACAAGUGUAAAGGGAUUUCUCUUCACUGUGAUGUUUUACAAUUUAAUGGAGGUGUGUCUCCUCUACAUGUCCAUUGUUAGCGAAUAUAUUGUAUUUUUGUAAUUGUAAUGAGAUAUAUUUUGAAACAAUUAUUUUGAAUGGAAAUGAAUGACAAGGCUAAUUUGAAUUUACAGAUUAAAAUCUUAACUUUAUUUCUGCAUGUUUUUAAAUACAUGUAUUCAACUGAAUUAGUUGAUCUUGUGUUAUAUUGUAUGAAAUCUCCUUAAUGAGAUGGUUCAAUUGGGUAGAAGCUAUGUUUUUCAAUUAACACUGGCAAACUAUAAUGGAUUAAUGUCAUUGGCCAUAAAGUUAUAUAUGUUUCAAUCUCAACUCAAAUGCUAUAGGCUUUUAAAAAUGUGUUUAAAGAAUUCUUAGACACUGAAAUCUUCUCCAAAAGUAUUUUUGAAAGAAUAUUAAACUAUUGAAUGAAUUUAGAAUAUGUAAUACAUAGUGCUCAUUUAUUGUUGAAUGUUAUUGAAUGUAGAUAUAUAUAUAAUUAAAGUGGUAUAAGUCAUGUUUGUUUUCAUAUGUAUGGUUAUAAUUAUAAAUGUAUACAUAAACAACAACCAUCAGGACAGUCA